AUGACGCCAUAUACUGAUGGGGAGCAGACUAUAGCCCCCCUUGCAACUGAAAAUGCUGCAACUUUCAGCGGGCCCCAACCCCCCGAGGCUCAAUCUCAUGAGGCCGAGAUUUCCAAUCGCUCUGCCGGGAUCUCUACUGACGAGGUAUACUACUCAUCUGAAGAUUCUGAUAGUCUGGCUCCGGAAAAUGAUUACGGGGAUAAUCCUAUUAUACCGCUCGCGGCGAGACAAAAGAAUGCAAUCGUGGAACCAGAGCCCGGUAUUGAGCGCAUCGUUGUGACCACUCCGCUCCCUCUACCACCAAGAAGGGCCGAUAUCAAGAAAUCCAUUGUUGUGUACUAUGACAUCCCUGAAGAUUCCGUGGAGGGAUCAACUGAUUCCUCCACUAGAGGUAGAAGCGGACCACCAAACACCAACUGGCGCCCGUGGCUCGUGCAAAUCAACUCGACUUUUUUAAAUUCCUGCAUUACGGAAACAAUGGGCUUUGACAUUGAGACAAAACCCCUGCUAGAUAAGCUCCAGCAAGAUCGGACUUCUCACAACCAAGCAAAUGUGCAAUUACUAGAAUAUCUCCUGGAGGUUAUCAGAGUCGAUCUUAGAUUCUUUCUGGAGCUUCGUCGCAACGUUUUCGAAAGGAAAUUAAAGACUAUAUCGUUCGAACAUAUCUGGUACUUGUUCCAGCCCGGUAGCAUUGUCUGGAGCAAAGAGCAAGGCCGCGAGCAGCUCUAUGCUGUGUAUGAGGUGUUACUUGAUCCAAAUCGGGAAGGGGCCAAUCAAAGGUCAUUAUCUAAGUCAAGAGUCUACAACAUGGCUUCCGACGAUAAUGAUCACAGCAAUGAUCCUCACAACCUUGACCACUCCUACUUUGGUCAGUCCGAUCAUGAUCGACACAAUCAUCAUUCUGGAACGGGAGACCUGCGGAAAGACACCGAAUACCCGCCAUUUAUUCUUAGAUGCUAUUACACAGUCUAUGACGGUUCUCUCAUCGGCCCCUCAUGUAGGGAUCUCUCUAUACCGUAUUUUUCUGGGGAAAAAGCGGUGCUUGACUUGCCAGUGUAUCCCGUUAGUCUACACCCAGAUGGAACUGCCAUUCUGUAUCGAUUUCAGGAAAGGGGACGUAAACUCCUCUCCUGGAAAGGUCAUCUACACUAUGAAGGGCCAACCCUGCCACCUCCUCAUGGAGGAUACACUUCGGGCUUUACCUUCUGGAGUGACGAGGUAGACCAAGAAGUCUAUGCAGACCCUGAAAUUGGCUACCAGUGCUUAAACUCCCAGGACAGACCAGUCAUGUCUAAACCACAGGAGGUGCCUUCCAACGCCAUCUGUAUUCGAACAGAAAGGCAGUUGUCCAAGAUAUAUACCCGUGCGGAAGUCAUCUAUCAAUUUCGCGAAGAGUCUAUAGACAGGAAGCGAUCAAGGAAAUUUAUAAGAUCACAGCCCAUUGGCUGUCGCUUUGUGUCGAAGGAGAAGGCUCUGGAACUGAAAGGGUAUUUGCAGCUGCUGCCAAAUCAGGCACUGUGCUUCAUAUUCAGGAAGCGAAACUGGCGUUACCUGGAUGUUGAUUUGCUGCGACAAAUCGACAAAAGCGAAGCCGCCGCCAAGAGCGGAUUCGAUGAUCUUGUCAUUCCUGACACCUAUCGCGAUCUUCUCAUCUCCGUCAUCGAGAGCUACAAGCCGGAUCCCAAAUCACGUGGAGAAGGAAGUCGUCCCAAGAUUUCCUCACAGAUGGAUAUUGUCCGGGGCAAAGGCCGAGGACUAAUCAUACUCCUGCAUGGACCACCCGGGGUUGGUAAGACGAGUACCGCAGAGACAAUCGCAGCCUAUACCAAACGCCCUUUGUACGUUUUAGCAUCCGGCGAUAUUGGACUAACAUCAAAGGAUAUCGAGGCUAGUUUGUCAUACCAUUUCAAGCUAGCUAGCAGCUGGGGUUGCAUUAUGCUCAUCGAUGAGGCUGAUGUCUUUCUAAUGAAACGAGAUUGGCACGACAUUGAGCGGAAUGCCUUGGUCUCAGUCUUCUUGAGAGUUCUGGAAUACUACUCUGGUAUUCUAUUUCUCACUACCAAUAGAGCUGGAGUAAUCGACGAAGCCUUCAAAUCUCGGAUGCACCUAUACCUGCGGUACCCCUCGAUCGACCUCAACUCCACGAAACUCAUAUGGGGCAAGCUUUUAGACCGCAUAGCCCGCGAAAACAAGGAGAAUAAGAUCAAAAUCGAAUUCGACCGGUCGGCUCUUCUAAAGUAUGCAUCUGAGCAUUUCGAGAGCCACAGGGAGAAAAGGACAACCUGGAACGCACGGCAGAUCCGCAACGCCUUCCAGACAGCCAUUGCGUUGUCUCAGUAUGAUCGAGUGCGCAUGCUCGAAGAUAAUGGACUGACGGAGGAGGAGGCAGAGGAGAGAGGGGGUCGGUUCAUGAGGGCGGAACUCAAGAGCGAGUAUUUCGAGAAGAUUGCGGAGAGUGCCAAGGACUUUUACUCGUUUAUGGCUGGCUUGAAGGGAGGCACGGAUGACCAGAUGGCUUUUGAAGAGGGCCUCCGUGAUGACUCAUUCGACCCAAGUGAACGAAUGGCCAAGAAGCAAUAUCAUGGCUUGCUCAGUCGGAGAGGGAAGCCAUCCAUGGAUCACAACAGCACUAUGUAG